CUCACCAAAUCAAACCAAUUGGACCAAAACAUGCACGUCAAGAAACACAUGCCUUAUAACACACUAAUUCCCUUGCAAAAUUAGAUACUAGUCCUUGUUUCAUUUUUCCUAUCAUCCAAAAUACAUGAUGAUCAACCCUAGUAGCAAUCUAACUUCCUCCGGCCACGGUGGUAAUCUCGUCGGAAACAUUGUUUCCCGGCGGCUGUUUUUCUUACAGGACCUUCAGAUUUUGGAGAUUAUCCUUGCUUUUCUUGUCUUCAUUGCUAUACAUUCCUUGAGGCAGAAACGGCAUUAUGGUGUCCCUGUGUGGCCAUUUCUAGGCAUGCUGCCGUCGUUGGUGGCUGGUCUCCAGUCCAACCUUUACGAGUGGAUUACCGACGUGCUUUGCCGGCAGAACGGAACUUUCAUGUUUAGAGGUCCAUGGUUUAGCAGCCUUAAUUGCGUGGUGACCGCCGAUCCUAGGAACCUCGAGCAUCUUCUCAAGACCAAGUUCUCUGUUUACCCCAAAGGACCCUUUUUUCGUGACAACAUGUGUGAUCUCCUCGGCGGUGGGAUAUUCAGUGCCGACAAUGAAACCUGGAAACGGCAGAGAAAGACGGCGAGCAUCGAGUUCCACUCGGCUUUGUUCCGGCAAUUGACGACUGAGUCAUUGCUGGAGCUCGUUCACGCUCGGCUCUUGCCUGUCUUAGAAAAUGCGAUGAACAAAUCAAUCUCCAUUGAUCUUCAAGAUGUCCUAUUGAGAUUAACAUUCGAUAAUGUUUGCAUGAUAGCCUUUGGGGUCGACCCUGGGUGCUUGAGCCCCGGAUUGCCAGAUAUAACAUUCGCCAAAGCCUUCGAGGACGCUACCGAGGCGACCCUGCUCCGUUUCAUUAUGCCGAAAUGGGUAUGGAAAACCAUGAGGUACCUUGACCUGGGAACGGAAAAGAAGCUGAAAAUAUCGAUCAACAGAGUCGACGAAUUCGCCGAAAAGGUUAUCGAAACAAGGAAAAAAGAACUGUCCUUACAAACCAACACACAGAAGCAAAGAUCAGAUUUGUUAACCGUAUUUAUGAGGUCGAAAGAUGAGCAAGGGAAGCCAUUUUCAGACAAGUUCCUACGAGAUAUUUGUGUGAACUUUAUACUUGCCGGAAGAGACACCUCUUCAGUGGCAUUGAGCUGGUUUUUCUGGUUGCUGGGAAAGAACCCAAGGGCGGAAGAAAAAAUUCUUGAAGAGAUAUGCAGAAUCAUUAAUGAAAGGGAAGAGAUGAAAAAUGGCGAUGAACUGAAAAUAUCGUUGAUAUUCAAACCAGAGGAGAUAAAGAAGAUGGAUUAUUUACAAGCUGCAUUAUCAGAGGCUCUUAGGUUGUAUCCUUCGGUACCUGUAGAUCACAAGGAGGCUGUUGAAGACGACGUAUUUCCAGAUGGAACACUGCUAAAGAAAGGAUCGAAUGUGGUCUAUGCAAUCUACGCAAUGGGAAGAAUGGAAGCGAUAUGGGGAAAAGACUGCAGGGAAUAUAAACCAGAGAGAUGGCUAAGAGACGGCAGGUAUAUGAGCGAGUCGGCUUACAAGUUCACCGCCUUCAACGGCGGUCCUCGCCUCUGUUUAGGCAAAGAUUUUGCUUAUUAUCAGAUGAAGUUCACCGCCGCCUCGACCAUAUGCCGUUACCAUGUGAAGGUGGUGGAAGAUCAUCCUAUUGCACCAAAGCUUUCCUUGACCAUGUAUAUGAAGCAUGGCCUGAAGGUGAACCUCAUCAAGCGCCUUGAAACAGAGCUUUUAAGUUACCUAAAGUGAAGAUAUGUGCUUCAAUACCUUGAAUAUGCCUUCUAUUAAUGAAUAUGUUUCCUCAUUUUCUUCU